UCUAGAUAUUCAGUCGCUACAAGCAACUCAAUUGAAAAUCAUCUUUUGAUAAAAUUCUAACGGUAAAACAAGGAAUUUUCCGCGUUCGCCUUUUGCUACAGAACUAGAGUUUGAACGUGUGAGAGUGUGUGUGUGCGCGUGCUACUGUGCGGUAAUAAAUUUCAAAAGGAAAUUUAUAUUCAGUUUUUAUAAACUACACAACAACUGCUAAGUGUGUGUGUUAGUUUGUUCUUGAAAGAAUUUUUUAUAAUUCAAAAAAGUUUAAUAAAUUUCAUCUAAUCAUCAUGUUGUUUAUGUGUCACCAAAUGUCCAUGAAGAAGGAAGCCAAUGAAAAACAAAAGGCCAUGGAACUACGAAGACAACAAGUGGGUGUUGGUGUACCAAUUAUUUGGCUUUUGGGCGGUCCCGGCUGCGGCAAAGGUACCCAGUGUGCCAAGAUUGUGGAGAAAUAUGGUUUUGUGCACUUGAGCAGCGGUGAUUUGUUGCGUGAUGAGGUUGCCUCUGGUUCGGAUAAGGGAAAAGAAUUGGCUGCCAUCAUGAAGGAGGGUAAAUUGGUAUCCAAUGAUGAUGUUUUGGGUUUGUUGGAGAAGGCCAUCCGUGAGAGAUUAAGUGGUGCCAAGGGUUUCUUGAUUGAUGGUUAUCCCCGUGAAAAGGAUCAAGGUGUGGCCUUUGAAAAGAAAAUCGCCCCCGCUGAUUUAGUCAUGUUCUUUGACUGUCAAGAUGCCACUUUGGUUUCCCGUGUUAUGGCCCGUGCAGCUGCCUCUACAGAAAAACGUGCCGACGACAAUGAAGAAACCAUUAAGACUCGCAUUGCCACCUUCAGAUCGAACACCAAUGAUAUUUUGUCGCAAUACACCGAUAAAACUUUAGUGAUCAAUGCUGAACGUGGUGUCGAUGAAAUUUUCCAUGAUGUCACCUGUGCCUUGGACUGUUUGAUACAGAAGAAAGCUGUCGCUGUUGCAAAUGCCUAAAAUUUUAUAUACAAAAUAAUUUCAAAUUUUUUUUUUUAGAUUUUAACUCUCAAUUAAACCAAAGAAUGCAAUAAAACACAAAUUUUCAAAAAGAAUUUAAAUGAAUGCCAAAGAUUUGUAAUAAAUUCUAAAAAAUAAAAGUCUCAAGCUUUUUAGCACAAAACAACAGAUUAAUUAACAAGCUUUAUAUAGAAAAAAAACACAAAUUUUAAAACAUAAUUAAAUAAAAAGUCAACAUUAUAAUAAAACAACACCAAUAGCCGAAAGAAACGAGGUAAAAUUUAUAGAAAUUUUACAAAGUAAAUUUAAUUUUAAAAUAAACAAACAAACAAAUAUUAAACUGAAAUAUUUUAGUUCAAUUUAUUAAAUUUAAGAAUUUUAAUUAAAUAAAAAUAAAUAUUUAAAAACAAAA